UCGGCAAUCCAACCGUGAUACAUCGACUAUGUCCGGAAUCCUCCGCAAUAAACCGUCCUCUGAUCCAGAGUGAACCAUCGGCUGUAUCCGUAACAAGAACCGUAAAGUUCCGUUAGAAACAUAAAAGACAACCGAAAGUAGAACCAUGAAUCAUAUGAUAUUUGUAUCAAAACAGAACAUUUUGCAUGUGAGUUUGGCAGUGACAGGCCCAUUUAUUUAAGAUUUAAACAUUGAUGGCCCAUGCGUUUUGAUGUUAGCUUGAAUUAAUGAAUAUAUGGAAGUGUUAGUUAUAGUUAAAACAUUUUUACCUGCAGUGUGCAAGUGUUUCAUCACCACAUGAGAUAGUUUAAUAGGCUUAUGAAAAUUGUGGAUUUAAUAUAGAUAAGAAAAUGUGUUUAGAACAUAUGCCAUGCAACAAUUAUUAUGUAACUAUUUUAAAGGAAAUAGCGGUUGACUUCUUCUAUAGUGUUGGAGGAUAAUUUGUUUCUUUAUAAACAUUUUUAUUGACGUAAUUAAAUUUAUAAUGGCAUCAACAUCCUUUAUAGCAACUUGUUGCAUUGGGAAUAAUUCCCUUUUUGUUCUUCGCAACAUUACUAUUGAUGAUGAUUAUGCUGAAAUAAAUGCUAUCAGCAUAACUACCCUGCUAGUCUCAGUUGUGUGUAGCUUUGCCAUCAUAUGCAUAUUGUAUCCCUGGCAUGAAUUGUCACUAACCAUCAGACGCCGCAGCCCUAUGCUGGUACAGAGCUCUGACAUCGACUUUGUGAUGAAAAGACUCAUCACAGCCCAGGUGCUAGCAAACAUUGGUUUGACUGUCAGAUCCAUCUUCUGGUUGGCAAAGAGUUUCCCCUCCAUUAACGACCCAAAUGUUACUGAUUACAAACAAGUUGCUUGUAUUAUCACAACAUUGUGGACUCAAUACUUCUUUCUAUGUGUGAUAUUCUGGCACCUUAUGUACGGCAUUGAAUGCUUUCUUACCAGCAAAGGUAUAGCAAGUUCCUAUUUCACAAAGAUUGUGAUUGGCUGGAUGUUGCCAGCAUCUCUUUGUACUGUCAUCGCCUUCAUUGCUUACCAGCCCACUCUGCAAAGAUGUUCAGCACAGUAUCACUUUGUACGGUCAGCCAUGUUUGGAAUCUUCCUGUUGCCAAUUGUAAUUGUGAUUUUGAUAGUUAUCGUGCUGUUCUACCAGACCCUGAAAUCAGUGAAGCGUAAAUUGAUACAACACUUCGGAAGAUUCUCCCCACCAGAGCGUGAGAUGCUUGACAAUCUUCAAGCCAAGUACAUCAUUAUUGCAGUAACCUUUGUUAUAUGCUGGAUCCCUAAUAUUCUCAACGGAAUAUUCAUGAGCAUUCUGGACAGUGUUGUGGAUACAGAAGCCGAGUACCUGAUUCUUGUUCUUCUUGUUUUAGAAGCUGUCCUCAACCCCUUCCAAGUUGUUAUUGACGCCAUGGUGAUGUUUAGCUGGCCUCCUGUUGGCUGCUGUGGAAUCUUCCGCUCUGAUGGUUACCGUUCCCGCGGCAACAUCAAUGCAAUGUCAAAGUCAACUGUUGAAGGGACUUCAGGGGAGACGGACGCAUUGCUCAGUUUUAGCAGGAGAGGACGAACUUCAUCAAUUUAGACAACAAAGUUAUUCAAUUGACUUGUUCACAGAAUUUUUUGGGGAAACAAUAAUGCCAGUAUUUAUGUGAAGAUUAGAGUUAGGAAGUUAGCCAUCUAUAUUUUUUUUUAAAGGAAAUAUGAUAGGUAAACAAUAAGGCACUACUAAAAGCUUAGACCAUUGAUAUUAAAACUUAUUGGCAAUCUAUGAACACUCUGCCAUUGAGACAGCACAUACAUGAGUGCAUUUUGUUUAACAUCAUAUAAGUGAUGCAGAAGUUUGCAAUCCAAGCACGGAAAAGGUUACACUCUUUUUAGCUCACUUGUCACGAAGUGACAUGGUGAGCUUAUGUGACCGUGUGAUGUCCGGCGUCCGCUGUGUGUGCG